AGGUGACCUUUUAUUCAAUUUUCUCAUAAAAACAAAAUAAAUAUUAGAAGAAGAUAGAUCUCUAUUCAACCCCAUUGACCGGAACCAUGAACGUUGAAGAAGAGGUUGAACGACUCAAAGAAGAGAUCAAGCGACUCGGCAUAGCCCAAGAUGAUGGUUCUUACAAGGUAACAUUCGGAGUGCUGUUUAAUGAUGACAGAUGUGCCAACAUCUUUGAGGCGCUAGUUGGAACAUUAAGGGCUGCAAAGAAAAGGAAAUUCCUAACCUACGAUGGUGAGCUCCUCCUCCAAGGUGUUCAUGACAAUGUCGAAAUCAUUCUCAAGCCACCACUUGUUACCACUUCAUAAGCAAGCAAUGUUGUUGAAUUAUUCUACUUUUUGAUCGGGAGUGUGUACAAGUAACUGGGCACGUCCAAUUAUUUUUACCAAGAAUGUGGUGUGUGUGUGUGUGUAAGAUUCAGUUAACUUCUAUAUUAUUCACAUCUCCCAUUUGUGCUGUAUAACAAGUUUUAUGGUUAAUCCAGAUAAGUGUAGAAAUAGCAUAUCAAAGAUGUAAUAAGGAGAAAGGGUGAAGCAUGGAAUAAGAUGAGAAAAAGUAGUUAUCGGGCUGUUGCUUGCUACAAUGCUCCUUGCUUAGUUUUUCCAUUGUAACUUCAUUUCUCUAAGCAUAAUGGCAAUGAUUUUUGAGUA